AAAAUGCUUUCAAUACUUGGUGUACUGUUUCUAAUACUACUGCAGCAAUGCAACGCAGUGAUCUAUUAUUUAAACGAGACGGAAUAUAACCGAAUGCCUCCCGUAUAUCAUGUAGACGAUAUUACUGAAUGUUUUCAAAACCCCAAUGACGUUUAUUGCACGAUACACUUUGACUUGGUCUCUGAUGAACGAAGUGAACUUCUGAACAUGAUUCAGGAAUAUUCGGAAAAAACAACAACUCAUUACAAUCAUACAAAAAUACGAUACAGCAUCUGUGUAAAUCGGUACUGUCAACCGUAUAUAGGGAAUAGAACUACGGUGACAUCGGAAUCCCUUGAGGGAUGCCUGAACGAUACCAUAUGGAAGGACUAUAAAUUGAAGACGAAAGUAGAGAAGCAUUACUGCCAUGCGUUGUCUGAUGAAAUUACAGUGGACACUAGUGAUAUUAUAGUAGUAGUAGUUUUGCUAUCAAUUCUCCUGCUUAAUAUUAUCGGAAGCAUAUGUGACACGGAAUGUAUAUCAAAUGGGAAAGAAGAAAAAAGUCUAUUGUCAAGCUUUUCGAUACGCAGAAAUUGGAAGAAUCUCGUAAGAAACACGAAACACCCUGAUCCACGAUUACAGAGAUUUAAAGGGAUAGAUUUUUGGAGGUGCAUCAUACCGCUGGGUGUCAUCCUAGUGCACUGCGCAGUGCCUUUUCUGAUGGCUCUUCACAACUCCUAUGACUUGGAAAUGAGCUAUUACACCGUAUCGCAGCUGCUCAUCCUGAACGCGUCGAUAGUACUGCAGACUUACAUAGUUGUAUCAGGGCUUCUGAUGUCUUACAAGAUGGAACUGUACGCAGAGGAUAAGCAGCUCAGCUGGCGGAUGGUGCCGAAAGGAAUCUUUGUUAGAUAUUUUAGACUAACGCCGGUGUAUGCUGUCACAAUAGCUGUGAUGGCAACAUGGACAAAAUUUAUUGGGCCUGGACCUUUUUGGGAAGUGUCAGCAGGAACGCUGAGGUCUCACUGCAGAAGUCGUUGGUGGCAGAACCUACUCUACAUCAACAACUACUUCUACAACUCGCAAUGCAUCGUGGCAGGCUGGUACUUAGGAAUGGACAUGCAGUUGUUCGUCCUCGGGAUCGUCACGUGCGUGGCGCUGCGGCGGCGCGCGCGCAGGCCCGCAGCCCUGGCGACGCUCUUCAUCCUCGGCAUCAUCAUACUAGCAGCUCACAUCUACGUGCGAGAUCUGCACCCUUUCAUGCUAAUGGACCCAACUGGAUCCCGCACGCUGUUUGAGGUCGAGCCUUCUUUUAACGAGAUAUACAAAACGGGGCACGCCAACAUAUCUAGCUACAUAGUCGGCCUUGCUUUGGGCUACUUAGUGUACAGGCUCCAACAGCUUGACAUUGAUAUCAAGAGGUAUAGAAACUACCGGAUUGUUUACUGGGCUCUAGCACCCCUGCUGCUAGCCAUCAUACUGUCAGGAAGCGUCUUCUACCGAGAUGCUCCCAGAGACCCGGCUUACGUACGAGCGCUGUACGGAGCCCUGGUUAAACCUAUCUUCGGCAUCCUCGCCGCGGGCCUCAUAUUCGGAGCGAUCUUCAAAUUGGAAAAUGUAUACAGGAGAGUGAUGGAGUGGAAGCUGUGGACUAUACCCAGUCGGCUGAGCUACUGCGUGUACAUCAUCCAUAUGCCGUGUCUGAGGAUAUAUCUAUCCUUGAGGACAUCUCUGUUGACCCUUUCCUCAGCGAAUCAGUUCCUACUGCUACUCUAUGUCACUCUCAUCUCAUUGGCAAUAGCGCUUCCGCUGUGGCUGUUCGUGGAGGCGCCCUUCGUCGAGCUCACCAAGUACUUGAGCUCACGACGAAUCAAGAAAGUCGAGGAGACUGAAUAUGAUCGAAUGCCCGCAAUAUAUCAUAUGGACGAUUACGAGGGCUGCCUGCAAGAACCGAGCGGACUGUACUGCACUGUACAUUUCAAUCUUGUUUCCGAUACCUCUAGCGAACUGCUUGAUAUGAUACAGGAAUACUCGUUACGAAGAACACAUUUUAAUCACACAAAUCUAAGAUAUGGCAUAUGCUUAAUAGUUACCCCAAAUUCAGAUGCAAAUUAUGCAAAUUGCCAAAUGUAUAGAGGAAAUAUAACAGAGGUGUCAGCAGACUUCCUUGAGGGAUGCCUCAACGAAUCUUUAUGGAACGGAUAUGAACUUAAAACAAGAGUAUACAACCAUGAUUGUCAAAGCGUAUCUGAUAAGAAUAUUGAUAUAGAUUUUGCUGAUGUUAUGGUAGCUAUCUUGUUGCUUACAAUUCUGAUGGUGAAUGCUAUAGGAAGCAUUAACGAAUUAUAUUUUAAGCCUGAGAAAUGUAAAGGACCCACGCUUCUAUCGUGUUUUGCAAUAAAUCUUAACUGGAAGAAACUUAUUUCAAUGAAAAAAAAUUCGGAUCCUAGAUUACAAAGCCUUGCAGGAUUACAUUGUAUAAAAUGUAUCAUCAUGGCAGGAGUGAUCAUGGCACAUUGUGUUUGGCCAUUUCUACUGACUAUUAAAAAUUCACAUGCUUUAGAACUGGCCUAUUAUAGUAUACCGCAGUACAUUUUACUGAACGGAUCUAUAGUACUACAGACUUAUUUGGUCGUAUCCGCAUUUUUGCUUAUUUACAAAAUAGAGAUUAUCUCUGAGAAGGAGAAUCUGAAUUGGAAUGUAAUACCCUUAGGAAUACUUGUGAGAUACAUUAGACUUACUCCGGCAUUAGCAGUUGUGUUGGCUUUAAUGGCUACAUGGCUGAAAUUCGUAGGACAAGGGCCAUUAUGGUCUAUAUCGGGGGGUCUAGAAAUGGCGGACUGCAGGAGUCGCUGGUGGGCGUAUCUGCUGUACUUCAACAACAACAUCAGCAAUGCUCAGUGCAUGAUGCACACAUGGUAUCUCGCAGUAGACAUGCAACUGCACUGCUUCGCCCUGCUGCUGUUCGUGCUGCUCCGAAGGUCGGCAUACAAGAAGACCGUUCUGGCUGUCAUAUUCACCGUCGGUGUCAUUAUCCCUGGGAUUCAUAUCUACUGGCAAGACUUGGAUGGGAUUCUCAUGGUUGUGCCAGAGCAAGCCAAAAUGUUAUUCGCGACGGACGCCACGUUCAACGCGCUGGCGCGGCGCUGGCACGCCAACGUCGCCAGCUACGUCGCGGGCAUGUCGCUGGGCUACCUCGUGUACCGCUGCCAGAAGGAGAAUGUCCACUUUGAUCAAUACAAGAACUACAAGUACCGCGUCGUCUACUGGGCCAUCUUCCCCCUCAUGCUGGCCAUCAUCCUGUCCGGAGGGGUGUUCUACAGGGACGCUCCGAGGGACCCCAUGUACAUCAGACUGCUGUACGGCACGGCAGCCAAACCCUUGUUCGGGGUUCUUAUGGCACUGCUGAUAUGUGGAAUGAUUUUCAAAAUAGAAAGUUUCUACCGGACCAUUGUGGAGUGGAAGGUAUGGGCGGUGCCCGGUCGCCUGGCCUACUGCAUGUUUCUGGUGCACUUCGCGUUCUUCAGGAUACACGUCUCCACGGCGACCAGCCUCGUCACAAUGGGUCCUUAUGAUGGACUCGUAACAUUCGCACGGGUGUGUGCCGCCUCGCUGGCGUGCGCGGCGCCUCUGUGGGUGCUCGUGGAGGCGCCCUUCACCCAACUCACCAAGUACCUCUACCACAUCGCCAACCAGCGGACACACCGCUACCAGCCUGAUGACAAGAACAUUAAAAAAUAG